UGCUCCAUUUUUUCAAUUACCAAAAUAACCUUCGUAAUUCAAUUUUCUUAAGCAUACCAACAAAACACCCAAAUUACAGCACACAAAGAGACUAGAGAUUCAGAGCCGAAGCCAAUCAACCCUGUAUCUCUUCAAAGCUUUUUCUCUUUUCUCUUUAUUUCUCAACCAUGCUAUUGAGAAGGAACAUAACCUUAAUCUCUUCAAAUCUGUUUAUUUAUUGAUCUGGGUUGUAAUGCUCUUUCUUUCUGCAGAUCAUAGUUGGUUUCCUUUUAAUGUUUUUAAUCGUUGAAGUUUGAAACUUUCAUUCCUCUUUUGUUAUUUUAAAUUUUUUACUUUCUCAGAUAAACUAACACUGAAAAGAAACAAAGAGAAAAACAAAAACCAUGUGGGUUUUGCUGUUUUUUUAGUAAGUUUGCUUGGUUUUAACAGAUUCGAAGUAAUGGGUUUCUUGUUAAAGAUGCAUAUUGACUUUGGUUCAUUUCAGAUUUCAACUUUAUUUUUCUAAGAAGUUUUCAUUAGUUGGGUUUAAGAUUAUGGGUAGAGGUAGAGGAAAGGGAAAGAAGUUGACUGUUAGCAACAAUGAGGAUGCUGGAAGUGGUGAAGAAGAGAAAAUUCCUGCACAAAAGAGAAGAGGAAGGCCACAAAAACCAUUAAAAGACGAAAUUGAUGAAGAAGAAGAAAUUGAAAAAAUAAAAGAGGAGGAUGGUGGGAAUGGAAAAGCUGGUAUCACAAGCAAAGAGAGAAAAAGUCCCUCUGCUGCAGAGAAUGGAAAAAAGAGAAAACGUAAUUCACAGGUAAAAGAGAAGCCUGAUUCAGUCAAAGAAGAGAAUGGCAUUGGCACCAGAUCAAGCACUGAUGACUCAUCAAAAUCUAAUGGUUUUCGGCAAAAUGGGAGUAGGCGGAAAAGCAAGCCACGUAGAGCAGCUGAAGCAGGUGUGGAAUGCAAGUGAGAUCGUGGUGCUUAUUGCCAUAGGUCUCUUCUUUUUCACUUUAUCAAUACACUAUGAGAUAGGAAGUGAGGCCUAGUAAAUCUCUAGUCAAUAUUGCAUUUCGGUAAUUGUUUCUUUUGAUUUUUGGAGAUUCCUUAUCUUUAAUUCCUUUUUUAUUUUAUUUGGUUUUGGAUUUUGUAACUGAUUCUGCUGGUUGUAAUUUUUUAUAAUGCUAUUAUAUUCCAUAUCAUCGCUGGAUUCUUGUAAUAUAUCAUCUGCAUAACAAUGCCAUUUUCUUUUUUACA